AUGGACAAAGCUUGGGUACAUCUAAGCAGAGUUGAUCCUGGAUAUGAGAGAGGGGCUUCACAGUUUGUCCGGGAUGUGGCUUCAGCUAUGGGAGGGAUUGAUAUGAUUAUAUGCUCGUGCAUAGACUGCCGUAACAUUGAUCAUCAUUCAGCAAGUGUUGUAGUUCACCAUCUAGUUACCAGGGGAAUGGAGGAGGGUUAUAAGAUGCGGAGUGAUUGGUAUCUACAUGGAGAAGUGAACUCAGAGGUUGCAGGUGAAAGUAGAGCAACUGAAUGGAAUGAUGAGAUCUUUGGGCUGUACAGAGCUGCUGAGCUUUUUGAUGAAGAGUUAGCUGAGACGGGGGAUUUAUCUGAAGCUGCAGAGGGAGACGACAAGAAAGAUGAUGAGUUUUUGGCAAAGUUAGCUGAGGCUGAAACACCCCUGUAUCCGAGCUGUGUCAACCAUAGUAAGCUCUCUGCAAUUGUUUCAUUAUUUCGACUAAAGAGUCAGAAUGGGUGGUCUGACAAGAGCUUCAAUGAUCUGCUAGAGACAUUGCCGGAGAUGUUACCAGAGGAAAAUGUGCUUCACACAUCACUGUAUGACGUGAAGAAAUUCUUGAAAUCCUUCGACAUGGGUUAUGAGAAGAUUCAUGCAUGUAUUAAUGACUGCUGUCUGUUCAGAAAGAGGUUCGAGAAGCUUGAGAAGUGUCCAAAGUGUAAGGCUUCGAGAUGGAAGACAAAUAUGCAUACUGGUGAGAAGAAGAGGGGCGUCCCACAGAAGGUAUUACGUUAUUUUCCUAUAAUUCCUAGACUGAAGAGAAUAUUCCGUUCGGAGGAAAUGGCUAAGCAUUUAUGGUGGCACUCUAUGAACAAAAGCAGUGAUGGUAAGCUUCGUCACCCUGUUGAUUCAGUGACAUGGGAUCAGAUGGAUGCUAAAUACCCAACGUUUGCAGCUGAAGCAAGGAACAUUAGGCUUGGACUUUCAACAGAUGGAUUCAAUCCAUUCAACAUGAAGAACUCGAUGUACAGUUUCUGGCCUGUUUUACUGCAGCCUGGUAAUAGUAUAAAUGUAUACUUAGAACCCCUCAUCGAGGAUCUGAAAAGCCUGUGGAGCAUUGGGAAGUUAACAUUCGAUGCUCUGACUCGAUCAACAUUUACUCUUAAGGUAGCACUGCUCUGGACAAUCAGUAAUUUUCCGGGUUACGGGAAUCUUGAAGGCUGCAAAGUAAAGGGAAGGAUCUCCCACAAGGUCAUCAUUUCCGGGGAAAGAAAAGAUGGUUUGAUGGCAAAAGCUGAACAAGGAAGAAGAGGAAGAAUACAGACUGGGCGUGACAUUUCUCAACACCUUAGAAAUUUCAAGAAUGAUUUUGGAAAUUUCAAAGGAUCUGCAAGAAAGAGAAAAAGGGUUCAGUGUGCUGAUAAUAAAGGCUCUGAUAGUGAGGCUUUAUCGAGUGAAUCAGAGGAGGAAGAAGAAGAAGAAGAAUAA